AAGAGGAAGCAGUUGAGAGAAGCUUUGUGAUUUGUGAAAAUGGAGAUGUUGAGCAACAUAAUAGCAACAAUAUGUGUUGCAAUUUUAUUAAUUUAUACAUGGAAGGUGUUAAAUUGGGCAUGGUUUAGACCAAAGAAAUUGGAGAUAAACUUUAGACAAAAUGGUCUAAAAGGAAAUCCAUACAAGUUACUCUAUGGAGAUUUGAAUGAACUCACAAAAAGUAUAGUAGAAGCCAAAUCUAAGCCUAUCAAUUUCUCUGAUGAUAUAGCUCAAAGGCUCAUCCCCUUUUUCCUCGACUCCAUCAACAAAAAUGGUAAAAGUUCUUUUAUGUGGUUAGGCCCAUAUCCAGUUAUAUUGAUUACAGAUCCUGAACAUUUAAAGGAGAUUUUCACAAAGAAUUAUGUGUAUCUAAAGCAAAAUCAUCCCAAUCCAAUGACCAAGUUAUUGGCUCAAGGUCUAGCAAACAUUGAGGGAGACAAAUGGGCCAAACACAGAAAAAUCAUCAAUCCCGUCUUCCACGUAGAGAAGUUAAAGGUUCUACUUUAUUACUCCUUUCGUUAUAUUUUUAUGUUGUUACUGGUCUUUUCUCCAUUAUUUUCAACGUGA